AUGGAAAGUUCAGUGCAAAUUGCAGAAAGGAUUGAUACAGAACGCAAGAUCUUGUAUAAGUACUAUGUAGACAAUGACUUCUUUGUGUCGCCUGAAGGAAUUCUGAAAGUAUUAGCAACUGUGGUAUGUACGUUGUCGUCUAUCGCGUUCGCGUGGGGCGGCUGGUGCGGCGCGGGGCUGGUCGCGGGAGGUGCGGGGCUGGUCGCGGGGGGCACGCUCGCGGCUCUUAGCGCGCUCAGCGCACUGUUGGCUACUCACGCACCCAUGACGUGCUUCAUAACAGACAUAAUAUUAUCGACUGUGAUUGGAGUAUCACUUUUGCUUGUUACAAUUCUGAGUUUCACCCUGUGCGAGAUACGUCGUGCCGCCGACUACGCCUUCGGGGAAUCGUCGCCUGAGCCGAAAUCAUUGCUUGUGCACGCAGCGAAUGUCACACAAACUUGGUUGCCCCUCGAACUGCCUCCUCUUGAUUUAUUCCUCACGGUGUCAUUAAUACUACUGGCAAUAAUCACUUACUUUUGUGACUGGAUACAAAGAAAGCUAAUGGAGAGGCGAAUAAUUAAGUUAAAUCAAUGCUUGCAAGAUUGUGUUGAACGGCUACGUACUUGGGACGCGCGUCAGGAACAGCUCGAGGCGACUCUGCGCAUGGUUCAGAACGCCACGUCGGAGUACAACUUGCUACUGUAUUUGCUGCUGCGCCACCACCGCCUCGGCCCCGUGACCAGAAAACCUCCUUCGCACUGUAUUUUUGACAAGGAGCUCAAUGAUCUUAAUUUCAUUACGAAUCCUGUUGAUGUCUUCCCCCAAGAUACUUUAUAG